UAACACAAGACCCAUUCUUUAAGUAUCAGCAGUGAAGUCAGUCUGGUCUGCAAUACCAUAUUUUUCAUCACAUGUACAAAUCAGAGUUUUUUUAGUGAAAGGACAGAAGUUGUUGCUUCACCUGUCAGAUUACGCAUCGGGCUCUUUAACCCACGUGCAACUAUGGAAGAAAACAAGUUGCCGGACCUGUUGAAUGGUGGCGCGACCCGGAAAAGGGAUGAUUACCUGGAGUGGCCAGAGUAUUUCAUGGCUGUGGCCUUUCUGUCAGCACAAAGGAGCAAAGACCCAAACUCACAGGUGGGUGCAUGCAUAGUGAAUCAGGAGAAUAAGAUUGUUGGCAUUGGUUACAACGGCAUGCCCAAUGGUUGUGAUGACGACCUGUUGCCCUGGUCGCGUUCUGCUGAUGACCGCCUCAACACCAAAUACCCUUAUGUGUGCCAUGCAGAGCUGAACGCCAUCAUGAACAAGAACAGCGCUGAUGUGAAGGGAUGCACAAUGUAUGUGGCUUUGUUCCCAUGCAAUGAGUGUGCUAAACUCAUCAUCCAAGCAGGACUUAAAGAAGUUGUGUAUCUUUCGGACAAAUACCAUGAUACACCUGAGAUGGUUGCUUCCAGAAGGCUGCUCAGCAUGGCUGGAGUACAGUUCAGGCAGUUCAAGCCCAAGAGGUCUGAGAUUGUUAUUGAUUUUAAUUCCAUUAACCACCGGGGAAACGCUGGACUCUGCCACCAGCGAGGGGAGCAGCUGAGCCAAGCAGACGGAGAAAGACCGGAUUCUGCCGCCGUUUCCAUGAACUCCUGAACACGCUGGUGUUCAGCAGGGAAGUAGUUUAAUCCUCACAGUUUGGAAAAUGGAAUUCAGCAUUUUAUUUAGCGUGAGCAUUGUGUUUGAUUUUUUAUUUUUUUCGUGUACAUUUGAAGCUUCACUGUAGCUUUAUAUUUUUAUUGGUUGUAAAUACUCUUAGUGCUGGAUAUCAUUGCUACUGUGCAUCACUCUGGAUUGUUACGGAUGUGGAAAUCCCCCUGUGGUUUUUACCACCAUUUUAUUACAGUUUGCUUACAUUUUAGACCCGACAUGCUAAGAAGAGGCUUGUUUAAAAACACACACACACACACAAAACUAUGUGAGCUAAUGACUUUCUUUUGUUACGCUGACAGUCAUUGACAGCUAAUCGGAUGCACACCAUUGAAUUAGUAUUCUUAUUAAUGAGGAGGGAAGGCAGAUGUUUACACCGUCCCUCCUUCUACUGUGGCAGCCAUCUGUGCCUCCCAGUGCAAUAAAAGUGAGAUGACAAAAGCUUAA